CAUUGAGAUUCACACUGGCUCCAUUACAUCGUACAGGCUGCGUAUCAUAUUCGCCACCAGACACUUAUGGUCGGCCGUGAGAUAUGCUAGCCCGAGUCUAGCGAGGGCUGCGACUCCUAUAUCGUCGCCGGAGUCUAUUGUAUGCAAAGGAGCGAGAAAGUGUCGCAACCAGCAAGCGAUCACAUGUUACAGCUAGCAGAGCCAUAUUCAGAACGAUGCCUUAUCUCGAGUGCCAUCGCGCCCUAUCAUGUCUUCCCGUCAGAAAAUGAGCACCUCAAGCGAGGCAAAAAUGGGAGUCAUGGCCAUCGUCACGACUCCCACGAGUGAGGAAGCCGAGAAACUUCCGAAUCUGCUCUUGGAAAAGGACCUCGUCGCUUGCGCCCAGCUUGUGCCUCAAAUCCGAUCCCUAUGAAACACAUUUG